AUGUCCGAGGCACUAGGCAAAAUACAAGAACUGGAAAACAAUGUUACUGAUCUUCGACGUGAGAAUCAGCGAUUGCAAGAAGAAUUAGACCAGCACAUAAUGGAAAAGGAGAGGGGUGGUGACACAAAGCUACAAAUGAUUAAGGAAUUGCAGAAAGACGUCAUAAAUGUGACAUCAACUGUUUCCGAAGAACAUUUCCUUGAAGAGGGAAGAUAUUAUCAUCAGAAGCUGCAACUUGUACAAAGCGUUGAACAACUUAUAGCUGAUGUUCGCACACUGACAACUGAAGUACUAAGACUGAACAAAGAAAAUGUAAAUCUGCAGACGAAUUUUGGAAAUCUCUCCAGAGAAAUUUGUGGAAAAUCGCAAUGUCUUGGUCAGAAAACACACGGUGCUUUCUAUGUGUACUAUUCCACCAAUUUCAAGUCUUUUGCUAAGGGGCAAACAUUCAUCUUCGAUACUGUUCUGACAAAUGUUGGGAAUGGAUAUAAUGAAAGAACUGGAAUAUUCAUCGCCCCAACUUCCGGUGUCUAUGCGUUUUCUUGGACAUUGCACGCAGCUGGGGUACACAUGUCUGGGGAAUCUGGACAAUAUGGCGAAAUGGGAGCAGUAUUAAAACAAAAUAGUAUAAUAAGAGGCUCCAUUGUUGCGGAUACUGAGAGAGAGUAUAAUGAAGAUGCUGCUACCGGAUUUGUAAUUUUGAAUCUCGCAGCUGGAGACGAAGUAAAGAUUGUUUCUAAGUUUGAUGGUCAAGGGUCCAUGUACAGUAGCGAUCAAAUGGGCCGAACAACAUUUUCUGGAUUUCUGAUCCAUCCAUAAUUCCUGAGACUUCGGAAGUAAAACUGAAAUGUUCACGGAAAUGAUAUGAUGGAGAACUGAUCUGCCGAUUUGUACGCAACCAUCUUUAUUAGCUACAUGACAUUA